UUCAAGACCUUCAAAGCAAGAUAAAAGCAAUGGCUCAGUACAAGAUCUUCAAUGACCCUAUUCAUGGUCACAUUAAGAUGCACCCUCUGCUGGUGAAAAUAAUUGAUACUCCAGAGUUUCAGCGCUUGAGGAACAUCAAGCAACUUGGAGCAGGCUAUUUUGUCUUUCCAGGAGCUUCUCACAAUCGCUUUGAGCACUCCAUUGGUGUGGCUCAUCUGGCAGGAAAGCUUGUACAGAGUUUGAGAGCUCAGGAGGAUUUGGGUAUAACUGAGAAAGAUGAACUCUGUGUGCAGAUUGCUGGACUGUGUCAUGACCUGGGUCAUGGCCCAUUCUCUCAUGUGUUUGAUGAUGUUAUGAAGAAUCUGAAUUCAAAAAAAAAAGGAAAAACAGAAGAAGAAGAAGAGGAAGAAGAAGAAGAAGAAGAGUGGAAGCAUGAAGCAGCAUCAGUACAAAUGUUUGAACACCUGAUUGAUGUAAAUGGCAUCGAGAGCAUCAUGAAAGGGGAUUACAAAUUCAGUCCUAGAGACUUCCUGUUCAUCAUGGAGCUUAUCUACGGCCCCAAUCCACCAAGCAAGAAGAAAUGUUGCUCUACCACUCUGCUCUGCUCUACCACCUCCCCUCAGUGGCCAUACAAGGGAAGGUCAAAGGAGAAGUCCUUCUUGUAUCAGAUUGUGGCCAAUCGCCAAACUGGCAUUGAUGUUGACAAAAUGGAUUAUUUCAGUCGGGAUUGCUACCAUCUGGGUAUGAAAUGUAACUUUUCCUAUGAACGUUAUAUGAUGUUCGCACGAGUUUGCACUGAUGAGAAUGGUGAAAAGCAGAUCUGCGUGAGAGACAAGGAAGCAAUGAACAUGUACGAGCUGUUUCAGAUUCGCUACCUCAUUCGCAAAACUGCUUGCUAUCACAGGGUUACAAAGGCAGUUGAACUCAUGUUGGUGGAUGGGCUCAUACAAGCUGAGGACUUUAAAUUGGGUGAAAAAGAACUCACCAUCCCUGAAGCAGUAAAGGACCCAGAAACUUACUCGAAUCUCACAGAUGACAUUCUUCAAGAAAUUCUUCGUUCAUCAGACCCAGAACUCGACACAGCAAAGGAAACCUUCAAGAGAAUUUUAAAACGUGAUCUUUACAAGUUCAUUGGUGGGAAAAUAUUUGACCCAAAGGAACUGGAACACUUGUACAGGGCUGAAGCGUGGAAGGAAAAUGAACAGGAAAAGCUGGCGGCCUGGUUGGAUAAAGUCAAACACUUGGCUGGUGAUCAGCAGCUAACUCUCAGAGCAGAAGACUUUAAAGUUGUGGAUAUCAAAUUGAAUUAUGGCAUGAAAGAGAAGAAUCCAAUUGAUUCUCUCCGAUUCUACAGGAAAGACAAUCCAGACAUUCCAAUACAACUGUCUAAAGAAGAGGUCUCACACCUCCUGCCUGCGAAAUUUUCUGAAAUCAAGAUCAUGCUGUUCUACACGGGAAAUGAAGAACGUGCUGCGGAACUGACCAAGAAGCAUGUUGAACUAUUCUGGAAUGACUUGGACCCCAUCUCUGCUGAAGUAAACAAGUCCCCAUUUCACACAAAUAUCACAGCUGAAAUCCUAUGCUCACCAAACCAUGCAACGGCACAAGAAAUCAAUGCAAGAAUUCUAAAACGGGGCAUUUACAAGUCCAUUGAUGAGAAAACAUUCAGAACAGAGGAACUGGAACACUUGAACAAUGAUGACCAAUGGAAGGAAAAGGUGGAGGCCUGGUUGCAAAAUGUCCAGGAAGAGGCUGUUGAUCUCCAGCUAACUCUCACUGCAGAUGACUUUAAAGUGGUCUCAUACACGCUGCCUGGCGAAUCCAAUUUCAUUAAGGUCAUCCUUUUAUACAAGCAGGUUACUGAAGAAUUCUGGGAAGAAAUGCGAAAGGCUCCAAAAGAUAAGAGAGAGAUGGUUGAGCACCCUUUCCCUUCUACAGUAUACAUGCGUCCCACAGAUGAAGACCUUCUAAAUCAAGAACUCUCAACAUCUCAGGAAAUCAUAGAGGCAGUCUCAAGACAAGGCCUUUACUUGUUCGUUGAUGAGAAAACAUUUGUAUGUGAGGAACUGGAGCACUUGAACAGUUCUGAGGAGAGGAAGAAACAGCGGCAGGCCUGGCUAGAACAUUUCCAGGAAGAGGAUGCCACUGGACCUGCCUUUAAAGUGGUUUUGUACUGCCUGCCUGGCAAAUUCUAUACAAUUCAGGCCAUGCUCUUCUGCAAGAGAAUUCCCAAACAGGUUAUUGAAAAAUUCUGGGACGAAAUGCGCACAAUUACAGAAGAUGGGCUAGAGGCUCCACGCUCCAAAAGGCCAAAACACUGA